CUGGAGUAGUUUACUUUUGAAUCCUCCUGGCUGCGAGAUUACUCACAUUUCUGGAAGAAUGACGGCUGCUCACAAGUCUCUGAUCCUCCACCUUGUUCUGCUAUGUGCCAUAUUUUUGUGCCAUGGCAAAGACCUUUACUUCAACGACAAUAAAAACCUCGUCCUCCCGGGGUCGUACAAUAUUCCAUGGAUGGCAGGCGUCCAGGAUUUCCGCACUCUGUCUCUCAUCACCAUCCCUGGCACUCACGACAGCAUGGCCGUGUACGGAGGCCCGGAGCUCGAGUGCCAGGUCUUGUCCCUGAAGGACCAGCUGAGGGCCGGGAUUCGCUUCCUGGAUCUCAAAGUGUUUGGGCUGGCCGACACCCUGUACGUCAUGCACGGGGUGAUGUACCAGCACAGCACCUUCAAGGAAGUUCUGGACACUGUCAGAGCCUUCCUGUCAGAGUUCAAGUCCGAGGCUGUGCUCAUUAGGGUGCAACCAGAGUCUUUUGAGAAGAGUACAGUCAAUGAGAUGGUGCGCAUUCUGAUCAGUAAUGACCAGAAUGUGUGGGUGAGCUCUGGAAUGCCCAACAUGGGCCAGGUCAGGGGAAAAAUUGUCUUUUUGCAGCAUAAUACCUUCACACUGGGAAUCCCCCUCAUAAACACCAUUGGUAAGGGCAGCGAUAAGGUCAGCCACAUUAAAGACAAAGACAAUACGAUAGUCAAACAGCUGAAUGAAGCCACAGAGGCCUGCGGGGGCGAUAACGCCGUGUUGACCUACACCAGUGGCACCGGCUUUGGCACAUUCUGGGGAAUGUUUCUGACCCCGAAGAGAGUGGCUGAGAAGGUGGACCCAUGGCUUAACCAGUACCUGAUGCAGUUUUACCCCAAUCAGCCCCGGCCGUGCUUCGGUGUCAUUGCCAUGGAUUUCCCCGGCAUUGACCUCAUUCAAACCAUCAUCAAUUUAAACUGGUGGUAGAUAUUAAAUCUGAAAUCCUUCCUGCUCCUUUUCUGUCUCUCUUCUGAUUAUGUACCCUGAGCAAAUGAACAUUUUCUGAUCUUUUGACAAAAUAAACACAUUUUACUCUACUGCAACUUCA